CGGCAAUUCCAGAAAGGGGCGGGGCCAGCCGGUUAACUGGAAGCACAAUUUAACUUCACAACUAGCAAACUGAGUUCAUACCGCCGCACAAUGCACAGCUGGCGUCUCUGUGUGUCUCGAAAUGAGGCACUAGAGCCCUGGGUCCAAAUGUGAUGGCCACACCUAAGAUAUGGUGGCUGCUGUCCAUCCUGCUGGCCACUUCGUCCAACUGUUGUGCUGCAACAGGUCCCCCUGCUCGUCCCUCUAAUCUUCAGUGCUACAGACAGUGUUAUAGGACAGGGUGUUCAAUGAACAUACAGUGUAUGUGGGAUCCAAAGCCAGACCCUAAAAUCCCCACUAACUAUAGCCUGCACUGGCAGCCAGCAAACAGCGAGGAUGGGCAUCCCACCAAUGGGACCGAUUUAAGUAGCGUUAUUCCUCGUGACCGCUUCAACCAUGGAGAACUUCGUGUUUGGGUCCAGGCUAAGAACCAGCAUGGUUCCGCCAAUUCUGACCCGCUUGACUUCAGCACAGAAGAUAUCAUUAAGCCACAACCUCCUAGUGUCACAUCAAGUCAUCAGGAGCCAUUGGAGAUUCACUGGAGCACCACCUGUGGUCAGCUGCAGCUGUCUAUCGGAUCCUGUGAUGUCCGAUAUCGCACUGAAGAGGACCAAGUCUGGUUUGGGAAUGUGACUGGAUUGCACCUAUGCAACUAUGCAUUCCCGGACGCCCAGCCUGACACAGUCUAUGAAUUUCAAGUCCGUUGCGCCUGUAACACGGGCUUAAAGAGUGACUGGAGUGCAAUUCUGAGAAUUAUAAAUGCAGAGUCAGUCCCAGUUGGAGAGGUGGAUGUAUGGAGUGACUGUGGGAUAUCCCCCACAAGUCUUAACUGUUUUCUGACAUGGAAGAAACUUUCAAUCUCUCCGGCGCGUAGACUUAUUCUGGGAUAUAAAGUCAGAAUUUUGUACAACAAUGGCACCGAGUUGCUGAAGAAUGUGUCCACAGCUGAACCGAGCAGCCAGUUUAUGCGUGAUGACAAAAAAUGGUGCCUGGACUUCCCUCUAAAGGACGUUUCUUCAGUCGCUGUAUCCGCCUACAACGCUCUGGGUGCCACAGUGCCUUCUUCUCUAGCUGUGCCAAAAACAGCAGGUAAAGAACGAAAUGAUCAACUGAUUCACCUCAACAUGAACCAAGAGAACCUCACUGUGUCCUGGGAUCUACCCUCUCCGUUCCCUGACAACCUGAAGGAAUACGUGGUGCAAUAUAAACAAGCUGGGUGUUCUCCUGGCCGAGGGUUUGAUUGGAUCAAAGUGAACAAUAGCCAGAGGGUAGCAUUUUUUAAAGGUCAAUUUAAAAAUUUUACAGCAUACCAAGUGUUACUGUUCUCAGUGUCAAACAACCUCCAAGUCCGUCUGCUUGCAUCAGUGAUUGGAUAUUCUACUCAAACCACUCCCUCUGCAGUGCCUGUGUUUGAGGUGACUUCUAUUGGUACCACUGAUGUGACUCUGUCUUGGGAGCCUGUUCCCAUCUCCAAGCAGAACGGGCUGAUCUUGUUCUACCAAAUAGGACUAGAUGGACAAAAAGUGUACAACGUAAGUGCAUCUCCACAGCAUGAAAAGAUGACUUUUAAGCUGCAAGAUCUUCGUCCAGGCCAGAAUUACGAGGUGUGGAUCAAAGCUGUGACCGUGGCUGGGCCUGGAGAAAGUGUCUCCACAAGGUUCAAAACAAAGAGUGAAAACGGACAAUUAACGGCAAUCACGGUAGGACUUGUUCUGCCGGUGGUAUUCUUCAUAUCCCUUGCUGUUUUUUUACUCUGUGUUUGUCAAAGAGAAAACAAAGUGUGUCCACUGAUGUCUCGAUGUCUCUAUGACAAAGUACCAGAUCCUGGAAAUAGUCACAUCUUCAGUCAUCUGAAGCACCAGUUUAAUGAGCCCAUGGGUUGGAUCUGCAUUCCCACUGAGCCACAACCCAAGAUCUCUCUGUUGGAAGUCGUGGAAAAGACGCCCGAGGCCUCUGAUGGAUUAACCAAGCUGGUGGUGAGAGAUGGGUGCUCACAGAUGAACGGUGAUGAGAAGGAGGAUGCUGUCACAGAAGAGUCUGACAGGACAGACCACAGGUAUGGAAAAGAGGCGUACAGCAAAAUGGUCGACUCUGACGAGGAGAAGGAUGAUUGCUGGAGCUCCUUGGAGGAAGAGGACGUUCCGUCAGGUUACGAAAGACAUUUUAUGCCAACUGCUGUGGAAAUAGGGGAGUUUUGAUGUUUUCUCCACAUCAGAUCGUGGACAUUCUCCUCAGAUGUUUGUUAUCUUUUUUAUUGUGCAGAAGUUUUUCAGUGUGAAAAUGUGAUUUUAGAUGAUUACCUUCAGGGAAGCUUCUCUAUGAAGGACCUUGUAGGGUGCACUCAGGUCUCUGGAAAGAUUCAUCAGCUAAAGCUACUGACAGUCAGCCAGUCUCCCUCUUUCUGUCUGGAAUUCUGACUUUUGCGUUUGUUUGUUUUAGUAUUUGGUUGACCUACAUUCCAUUUGAAUCAGAGUCACCUCAUGGUGUAAACUUUCAGGUUUUGUUCCUUUUCCUAUUUCAGUUGAAGUCUACUCAUGUGUAGUUCCUCAUUUUUGUCUCAUAUGGAUGGAUACUGGAUACUUUACUGGAUGUGCAAUAAACUGUAACUGUUUUAUCAUCCACACAUUAAUCCAGACUGGAGACCCAAAUAGUAUGCAGUAUAGAAGAGCCCGACAAACCAUCCAACAUUCAUGCUGAGGCUUAGCGCUUGCUAUUUUAGAACCACUGAAUGUAAAUGUCGUGAUAUCAGGUGCUAUUUCAAAUUAUCCUCAUGCAUACUUUUUAAAAAUGUAUAUUUUUGCACCUUAUAGUUUUUUGCAUAAGUAAAGUGUGCAUUGAACAUUUGUACACUUGGCGUAUGUGAUAAAAUAAAUGACUACACGGCCUUGCCAGAGUGAACAGUGUGAAGUCCAUCCUGUUAUAUGUGCAGAUCAGCAGAAAUGUAACAGUAAUGGUGCAUAUUGAAUUAUUUACUAGACAAUCAGCGUUGAAAUAUUUUUAAGAGAUACAUUCUCAUAAAAGACCUGCUGAUCAGCCUAAGCUGCAAUAAUAAGGACUUGAUCAUUUGAGCAUCUUUUGAGGUAAAGACCACACAGUUCCAACAAAGUUAACCAUAUUAAUUUUUGGACGGGUUUAUCAUUUAUUUUAUCAUAUUUAUUUUAGUAAGUUGGAAACCAUUUGAGUAUCUUUUAUAGAAAUGCAUAAAUAUGCACGACUGGACAGACUGGUGAGGACAGCUGGCUCAGUGGUGGGAACAGAGCUGGACUCUGGUUUCAGCAGCAGAGAGAAGAUUCUCUCCAUCCUGGACAACACCCAGCAUCCUCUGCACAGGACUGUGAUCAGGCUGAGGAGGGUGUUCAGCUCCAGGCUGCUGUCUCAGACCUGCUCCACUAACAGGAACUCUUUGGUCCCCAUCAGACUGUACAACUCAUCACUGAGUGGUCAGUGUGGCUCACAUUAGAACUGAUCCAGUGUGACUGUGGAAUGUUUAUGCACCUCACGUAGUUUACGACAACUGUCUUCCUAACUACCUGUCAAAGUCACUUUAAAUCACUUUCAAUAACGGUGCCUUGAAAGGUGUAAAUACUGUUCAUUGACUUUUAAUACAAUUAGUGUUCCUAUAGAUUUUAAAAUUAGAAGUGUUUUGUUUAAAGUACAGCAAGUCUUUUAGUAUAUACUAACUUUUAAUGUUAAUGUUACUAACCUGCCUGUUUUUUUGUUAUUAUUGUUGUUGUAUGUAAGCUGCUGAAUACUUUGAGUUUCCCUCGGGAUUAAUAAAGUAUCUAUCUGUC